CGAAAGAGAAACGCCUACUAAAUUGGCAACCAUUAAUUAAGAACUAUCAGAACGUAUCAUUUUUUUAAAGAACACCCUAAAGGCCAAUGUCUAUAAUCACACAGAUAUAUCGGUUAAUACUUUGAUAUGUUAUGACAUGUGUAAAAUUCUUUGCAACCCAAAGAGAAACGCCUACAAAAUUGGCAAACAUUAAUUAAGAACUACAAAUCGCGGACUAUAAAAGCAUUCCGAUCUCCUCCUAUCGCCAGUUAUUUUAUAGCCUUAAACAUUCGAAACUAAAGAUGUUCGGACACUUUAAGCUCAUCUAUCCGGCUCCUAUAUCGGAGCCUAUACGGUCUAGGGACUCGAAUGCUUAUAUGAUGGAGACGCUGCGAAAUUCGGGCUUGAAUUUGAAGAACGAUUUCGGUAUAGGCCGUAAAAUUUGGAGGGUUUUUUCGUUCACCUACAAUAUGCUGAUACUUCCCAUAAGUUUCCCAAUCAACUAUGUGAUACAUCUGGCGGAGUUCCCGCCGGAGCUGCUGCUGCAAUCCCUGCAAUUGUGCCUCAACACUUGGUGCUUCGCUCUGAAGUUCUUCACUUUGAUCAUCUAUACGCACCGCUUGGAGCUGGCCAACAAGCACUUUGACGAACUGGAUAAGUACUGCGUGAAGCCGGCGGAGAAGCGCAAGGUUCGCGACAUGGUGGCCGCCAUUACCAGGCUGUACCUGACCUUCGUCGUGGUCUACGUCCUCUACGCCACCUCCACGCUACUGGACGGACUACUGCACCAACGUGUUCCGUACAAUACGUACUAUCCGUUCAUAAACUGGCGAGUCGAUCGGACCCAGAUGUACAUCCAGAGUUUUCUGGAGUACUUCACCGUGGGUUAUGCCAUAUAUGUGGCCACGGCCACCGAUUCCUAUCCUGUGAUUUACGUGGCAGCCCUGCGAACUCAUAUUCUCUUGCUCAAGGACCGCAUCAUUUACUUGGGCGAUCCCAGCAACGAGGGUAUCAGCGACCCGAGCUACAUGUUUAAAUCGUUGGUGGAUUGUAUCAAGGCACACAGAACCAUGCUAAAUUUUUGUGAUGCCAUUCAACCAAUCAUCUCCGGCACGAUAUUUGCCCAAUUCAUCAUAUGCGGAUCUAUCCUGGGCAUCAUUAUGAUCAACAUGGUGUUGUUCGCUGAUCAAUCGACCCGAUUCGGCAUAGUCACCUACGUUAUGGCCGUCCUUCUGCAAACUUUUCCGCUUUGCUUCUACUGCAACGCCAUCGUGGACGACUGCAACGAGCUGGCCGACGCACUUUUCCAUUCCGCCUGGUGGGUGCAGGACAAGCGAUACCAACGGACUGCCAUCCAGUUCCUGCAGAAACUGCAGCAGCCGAUGACCUUCACCGCCAUGAACAUAUUCAAUAUUAAUCUGGCCACUAACAUCAAUGUAGCAAAGUUCGCCUUCACCGUCUACGCCAUCGCGAGCGGUAUGAACCUGGACCAAAAGUUAAGCAUUAAGGAAUAGAAGAGAAUACUCAAGAAAAAUGACCGCACCAGAGGUAAACGUACAUAGUUUUAUGAACUUAACACUUUGCUUCGUAGAAUUAUAAUAAUCGUAUAUGCAUACAGCGAAUUAUGAAUAAACAUAAGCUAGUUAAAACAAAUAUUGAUCGAACAAUGGGAAGUAAAGAAAAUCGCUACAUAUUUAUACCGUACAGCCCCUGCAGAAGUCUAUUUGUAGGCUGGGAAUCUGGAACCUUGUCCUCGGCAAUUGGAAUAUGUUCCUACAGAGGCCGGAUUCAUCGGCUGUCAUCUGGUCAAUGGGUUCACUUGAUCCCUGCGACUGGCCUUUUUUUUAAGGAGGUGCUGGGUGUCGGAAGAUGAAGUUAGUGUGACGCGUUGGCGAGAAUUGCACAUAUGAGAAGCAUGGAGUAUUUUUAGCUCGCUUCUAGUUCGAAUGUUUCGGCGGCAGUUUAUUUCGGGCUAGGAGAAGGGGAGCGGAGGGUUGACACGAAUCUAAGUAUAUUGAUGAUAUUUUAAUGGCUGGCAUAGA